AUGCCCCUUCACACCCAUCACCUACACCACGACCAUGCCCCCUUCACACCCAUCACCUACACCAUGACCAUGCCCCCUUCACACCCAUCACCUACACCACGACCAUGCCCCUUCACACCCAUCACCUACACCACGACCAUGCCCCUUCACACCCAUCACCUACACCAUGACCAUGCCCCUUCACACCCAUCACCUACACCACAACCAUGCCCCUUCACACCCAUCACCUACACCAUGACCAUGCCCCUUCACACCCAUCACCUACACCACAACCAUGCCCCUUCACACCCAUCACCUACACCACGACCAUGCCCCUUCACACCCAUCACCUACACCACAACCAUGCCCCUUCACACCCAUCACCUACACCACGACCAUGCCCCCUUCACACCCAUCACCUACACCACAACCAUGCCCCUUCACACCCAUCACCUACACCACGACCAUGCCCCUUCACACCCAUCACCUACACCACAACCAUGCCCCUUCACACCCAUCACCUACACCACAACCAUGCCCCUUCACACCCAUCACCUACACCACGACCAUGCCCCUUCACACCCAUCACCUACACCACAACCAUGCCCCUUCACACCCAUCACCUACACCACAACCAUGCCCCCUUCACACCCAUCACCUACACCACAACCAUGCCCCUUCACACCCAUCACCUACACCACAACCAUGCCCCUUCACACCCAUCACCUACACCACAACCAUGCCCCUUCACACCCAUCACCUACACCACAACCAUGCCCCUUCACACCCAUCACCUACACCACAACCAUGCCCCUUCACACCCAUCACCUACACCACAACCAUGCCCCUUCACACCCAUCACCUACACCACGACCAUGCCCCUUCACACCCAUCACCUACACCACGACCAUGCCCCUUCACACCCAUCACCUACACCACGACCAUGCCCCUUCACACCCAUCACCUACACCACAACCAUGCCCCUUCUCACCCAUCAGCUACACCACGACCAUGCCCCUUCACACCCAUCACCUACACCACAACCAUGCCCCUUCACACCCAUCACCUACACCACGACCAUGCCCCUUCACACCCAUCACCUACACCACAACCAUGCCCCUUCACACCCAUCACCUACACCACGACCAUGCCCCUUCACACCCAUCACCUACACCACAACCAUGCCCCUUCACACCCAUCACCUACACCACAACCAUGCCCCUUCUCACCCAUCAGCUACACCACAACCAUGCCCCUUCUCACCCAUCAGCUACACCACGACCAUGCCCCUUCACACCCAUCACCUACACCACGACCAUGCCCCUUCACACCCAUCACCUACACCACGACCAUGCCCCUUCACACCCAUCACCUACACCACGACCAUGCCCCUUCACACCCAUCACCUACACCACGACCAUGCCCCUUCACACCCAUCACCUACACCACGACCAUGCCCCUUCACACCCAUCACCUACACCACGACCAUGCCCCUUCACACCCAUCACCUACACCACGACCAUGCCCCUUCACACCCAUCACCUACACCACGACCAUGCCCCUUCACACCCAUCACCUACACCACGACCAUGCCCCCUUCACACCCAUCACCUACACCACGACCAUGCCCCUUCACACCCAUCACCUACACCACGACCAUGCCCCUUCACACCCAUCACCUACACCACGACCAUGCCCCUUCUCACCCAUCAGCUACACCACAACCAUGCCCCUUCUCACCCAUCAGCUACACCCGUUUUUGAUACAGACAAAAACCCUGCAUUGUUACAACUAAUUUCAUAA